AUGGACCCGAACCAAUCCCAAGAUGGCGUGGCAGCACCAGCACCACCCCAACGGUCCAGCGCGGUCGCGUCGACGUCGUCCUCCUCCUCGAGCGCUCCCCUCAAGCUCACCUUUCGACUCGGUGGCGCCAGUUCACAUGCGGCAGCCAGCACCUCCACCAGCAUUUCCAACCCCAACCCCGACCCGAUUCCUCCAGCUUCCUCUGCGACGUUCCUCAUACCCACUCCAGCCCCGUACGCUUCCCCCUCCAGCUCACCCUGGACUUCGACCGCUCCACUUGCUCAGCCGCCGAGCACGUCGGCACCUAUCCCACUCGCUCCCACGCCCAGUGGCAGUGGCAGUGGCAGUGGCAGUGGUAAUGGCAAUCGCAGCGCACCUGCAACCCCCAUCACCACCUCCACCAGCUCAAGGGCGAGCUCCGUCGCCUUGUCCACCGGACCGGGCGAUGCACCACCCAAGAAAAAGCAGCGCAAGCCGACGGUGAAACGAGCUCCGGGAGAAGCUGGACCGGGCAAGCACUGGAGGAAGGGGCUCAAGGGGUAGGUGCUUUCGUCUGCGGGUAGAUGGACCAAGCAGCUAACGAGAACUUUCGCAGAACGAUCGUCGCCGGACAGCCAUUGCGUGCGUUUGCCCUGGUGCCGUGCCUUUCACGGGCACUAUAGUGGGGCCCGAUCCACCUGAAACCGCCGAGCUGACACACGAAAGGACGUAUGCGCACAGCACCACGACCCGUGAACGCCGCGGACUCGCCUGCAUCCGACUCGGCCUCCUUACCAGCCCCUAUCGAAAUCUCGACACCUCGGACCUCGUUCCCGAUCGCCCCAUCCCUUCCCGGCGCACCCGCGGUCAAAGCCUCCGGAGCGGCCCCUUUCCUCCCUGCCCUCCCCCUCGAAACGAGGACACCCGCACCGAGGAGAUGGAACAGAGCUGUUAUUGCGAUAAAAUCACUUCGAGGAGGCUGGCUCAAGCUUCCGACGUGGGAGGGCCAUCCCAAGUCCGACUACGCGGCGUACAAAACAUCACUUAACCCACCCCCACCCCCGCCGCCCGUCAUCGACGUCACACCUGGUCCAACGGGAACAGCAGGAGGCAAUGCAAUGUCGCAAUCACCUUCUAUUGAUCCUUUGUCCCCUGCGGUGCUCUUGUCGCAAGCCUCACCAUUGGUCGCACCAUUGCCCAGCGGAUCAGCGGGGACUCUGGCAGCCAACCCGGACGAGGCCGGAGGCGCCGUCGGAACGAGCCCACUCAAGGUGGAGCAAGAUGCGAUGGGCGACACCGUCAUGGCCAGUGUAUGA